GGAGCUUUCCCGGCCCCCACCGAUUUUUUUCGCUCGUAGUGAUAAUUUUACCGAAAAUUUGGUUUUGAGUGUGAAAUAUUAGAUUUUUAAGGGUCUGGCCCCCACUGAGUUUUCGUUCAAGCUCCGCCACUGAUCCAAAUCAUUUUCUCCAAGAGAGGUUGCCGGUGGGAGUUUUAUCACAGUAGGCCUUCGAGCUGUGGGUUUCCCCUGGAAUUAGUGACGGGUUGGAUCACCAGCAUUGUUUGCGAUCACGGGCGUAGGUUGGACAGGAGUUUUGUAAAGGAAUUAACCACUGGUCAAAAGGGUGGGGUAUCAGGUCUGUUUAAUGAAGUUUUUGGGAUCAAUGAGUAAAGAAACGAGUGUUGUAAAGCCACAAAAGGGUUCGAAUGCUGCGGAGAUGGUUAUUGUUGCUGUUAAAGCAUCUAGGGAGAUUUCGAAGACUGCUUUGGUUUGGACUUUGACUCAUGUGGCGCAACCGGGCCACUGCAUUACAUUGGUGGUUGUUAUCCCUUCACUAAUUUCUGGUAGAAAAUUAUGGGGUCUGCCGAGAUUUACGGGAGAUUGUGCUAAUCGACAUUGGAGGUCAUAUUUAGGGAAAAGUGAUAUAGCUGAUUCUUGCUCUCAGAUGAUCCUUCAGCUACAUAACAUGUACGAUCCUGAUAAGAUAAAUGUGAAGAUAAAAACAGUUUCCGGAUCACCGUAUGGAGCAGUGGCCGCAGAGGCCAGACAAAUUCAAGCUACUUGGGUUGUAUUGGACAAAAAGCUAAAACACGAACAAAAACGAUGCAUGGAAGAGUUGCAAUGCAAUAUCGUGACGAUGAAGAAAUCAAAGCCAAAAAUUAUUCGCUUGAAUUUAACCGGGUCACCUAAGAAAGAACCCGAAGCAAAUCAAUUGUCCCAAAAUUCACAAAAAGUAAAGAAUUCGUGUAUGUUUUCCACUAAAAAACUUGCAACGCCAAUCAGUAGUCCCGACGCAUUAACUGCAACCGAACCUGGGAAUUCAUCGGUUUCAAGUUCUGAUCAAGGUACUUCACCCUUUUUUAUUCCUGUAACUGGUGGGUCUCAGAAAUAUGAAGCUUUAUCCCGAAAGGAGAAUAGGGAUCUCGUUGACUCAAGUUCAGACUCGGAAAGUGAGCGUCUUUCUUCAUCUUUCUCUAGCCUAAGGUUUCAACCAUGGAUGGUUGACAUUUUGAGCUCAAAUUGUCAAUCGCCAAGUUUGCGAAGUGACGUAGAGUUUACUCAAUAUAGAGGUAAUGUUAGAGAUGCGAUAUCUAUGUCACGAAGCACACCUUCGGUCCCACCACCGUUGUGCUCAAAAUGCCAACAUAAAGCACCUGUAUUUGGAAAACCGCCAAGAUGGUUCACUUAUGCGGAACUAGAGGUUGCUACUGGAGGUUUUUCUAAAGAUAAUUUCUUGGCUGAAGGAGGAUUUGGGUCGGUAUACAGAGGAGUAUUGCCAGAUGGACAGGCGAUUGCGGUUAAACAGCAUAAAUUGGCAAGUUCUCAAGGGGAUCAAGAAUUUUGCUCAGAAGUUGAAGUGCUGAGCUGUGCACAGCAUAGAAAUGUCGUUAUGCUGAUUGGAUUUUGCAUGGAAGACCGGAGGAGGCUGUUAGUUUAUGAAUACGUUUGCAAUGGCUCAUUGGAUUCUCAUCUUUAUGGACAUGAUGAUCCAUUACAAUGGUCAGCACGCCAAAAAAUUGCUUUGGGAGCUGCUAGAGGAUUGAGAUAUCUUCAUGAAGAAUGCAGAGUAGGUUGCAUCGUCCAUCGUGACAUGCGACCAAACAACAUCUUGCUCACUCAUGAUUUCGAACCUCUGGUUGGGGACUUUGGCCUAGCAAGGUGGCAACCUGAUGGAGAUAUAGAAGAAGAAACAAAAGUAAUUGGAACAUUUGGAUACCUAGCUCCAGAGUAUGCACAGAGUGGGCAGAUCACUGAAAAAGCGGACGUAUAUUCAUUUGGGGUCGUACUGGUAGAGCUUAUUACAGGACGAAAAGCAGUUGAUCUUAAACGUCCUAAGGGCCAACAAUGCCUUGCAGAAUGGGCACGGCCAUUGUUAGAAGAAGGUCUAACUAAUGACUUAGUCGACCCUCGGUUAGGAAACCGUUAUUCAGCACAUGAGAUUCAUUGCAUGAUGAAUGCUGCCUCUCUAUGCAUUAAACGGGAUCCCAAUUUAAGACCUCGCAUGUCUCAGGUGUUACGCAUGCUAGAGGGCGAUAUGAUGAAGGCAGUCAGUCGUGUGUCAACACCUGGAUAUGACGUCGGCAGCUGCAGUGGCAGACUUAUGUUGUUGGAUCAACAAAGAUUUGUUGGUGGGUUGAUGAAUGAUUCAUUGAAAGGAUUCAGUAGCAAGCUCUUCACUGGUAAAGAGCUAUAUCGAUACUAGAUGCAUAGUAUGCUCAAUAUCAUUGUGUUAUAUUGAUUUCUAAUUGUAAAGGAGUAGUCAAGUAAUCUUUUGGUAGUUAACAUGAGUUUAUGGUUGUAAUUUACAUUUACAUAUAUAUGCAGAACUUAGUUUUCUAAAAAUGAAA